AUGCUGCGCCUUUCAUCUCGGCUCUACGGCGCCCCAAGGCACAUCUACGCAUAUUCACCUCACCGAGCAUUUGGGACCACCGCGGCAGCCAUGGAUUAUGCUUCGAUCCCGACGCCGGCUACGUGCUAUGCCGAUUUCUGCUUGAUCCCCGUCGGCACGGGCAGCGUUUCCGUGGCGGAAGAAGUUGCGCAGGUUCAGCGUGUUCUCAAGGCGAGUGGGUUGAAGUACACGAUGCACUCUGCGGGAACGACCGUUGAGGGCAGCUGGGAGGAUGUCAUGACGGUGAUUGGCAAGGCGCACACGGCGGUUCAUGAGAAGGGGGUUGUCAGAGUUCAGUCAUCGAUGAGGGUUGGCUCGAGGACGGAUAAGAAGCAGACUGCUGAGGACAAGGUCAAGCGGGUUGAAGAUUUGUUGAGCAAAGAUGCUAAAUGA